CUCCCCAGGGCAAAGCAGAGUAUGAGGAAGCCAGCACUGGUCAAGUGACUCUAAGAAAAGCCAUUUUCCCUUGUUGUCUUUGAAAAUACUUCAUUUUCUUAGCAUUUUAGGAGAUUAUAACAUCCUGUAUUUCAGUUUCUGAGAGCUUUACUGAAUGAUUUCCCUAUUCAAAACAAUCCUCAUUUCCUACAUUUCUGAAGAUCUCAAGAUCUGGACUACUGUUGAAGAAAUUCCCAGUAAGGCUCACUUAUAUCUUUAGAGAUGGCAAAUAACUACAAGAAAAUUGUUCUACUGAAAGGAUUAGAGGUCAUCAAUGAUUAUCAUUUUAGAAUUGUUAAGUCCUUACUGAGUAAUGAUUUAAAACUUAAUCCAAAAAUGAAAGAAGAGUAUGACAAAAUUCAGAUUGCUGACUUGAUGGAGGAAAAGUUCCCAGGUGAUGCCGGUUUGGGCAAACUAAUAGAAUUCUUCAAAGAAAUACCAACACUGGGAGACCUUGCUGAAACUCUUAAAAGAGAAAAGUUAAAAGUUGCAAAUAAAAUUGAAUCCAUUCCAGUCAAAGGAAUAAUCCCAUCUAAAAAGACGAAACAGAAAGAAGUGUAUCCUGCUACACCUGCAUCCACCCCAAGCAACCGUCUCACAGCUAAAGGAGCAGAGGAGACUCUUGGACCUCAGAAAAGAAAAAAACCAUCUGAAGAAGAGACUGGAACCAAAAGGAGUAAGAUGUCCAAAGAGCAGACUCGGCCUUCCUGCUCUGCAGGAGCCGGCAUGUCCACAGCCAUGGGCCGUUCCCCACCUCCCCAGACCUCAUCAUCAGCUCCACCCAACACUUCCUCAACUGAGAGCCUAAAACCAUUGGCCAACCGUCAGGCAACUGCCAGUAAAAAUAUUUUCCAAGAAGACCCAAUGAUCGUGAUGGUACUAAAUGCAACAAAAAUAUUUAAAUAUGAAUCCUCAGAAAAUGAGCAAAGAAGAAUGUUUCAUGCUACAGUGGCUACGCAGACACAGUUCUUUCAUGUGAAGGUUUUAAACAUCAACUUGAAGAGGAAAUUCAUUAAAAAGAGAAUCAUCAUUAUAUCAAAUUAUUCCAAACGUAAUAGUCUCCUAGAGGUGAAUGAAGCCUCUUCUGUAUCUGAAGCUGGUCCUGACCAAACGUUUGAGGUUCCAAAGGACAUCAUCAGAAGAGCAAAGAAAAUUCCGAAGAUCAAUAUUCUUCACAAACAAACUUCAGGAUAUAUUGUAUAUGGAUUAUUUAUGCUACAUACGAAAAUUGUAAAUAGGAAGACGACAAUCUAUGAAAUUCAGGAUAAAACAGGAAGUAUGGCUGUAGUAGGAAAAGGAGAAUGCCACAAUAUCCCCUGUGAAAAAGGAGAUAAGCUUCGACUCUUCUGCUUUCGACUGAGAAAGAGGGAAAAUAUGUCAAAACUGAUGUCAGAAAUGCAUAGUUUCAUCCAGAUACAGAAAAAUACAAACCAGAGAAGCCAUGACUCCAGGAGCAUGGCACUACCCCAGGAACAGAGUCAGCAUCCAAAACCUUCAGAGGCCAGCACAACCCUACCUGAAAGGCAUCUCAAGACUCCUCAGAUGCCACCAACAACCCCAUCCAGCAGUUCCUUCACCAAGGUACAAUAUCCUGGGUCCCAUGCCUCUUAUCUCCCAGAUAUAAAUUACAAGGAUCAUUAGACUGUUGAAAGAGUUUCUCUUCUAAUCCCUAACUGUGUACAAUCUCUAGAUAAAUCACCCGUGUAUUUAUUGAAUGCAUACAGUGAGAUACUACCACAUGAUAGUCUUUGCUAUCUAAAAGAUAUUUAUCUGUGCAAUGAUUGCUGACCACAAGAGGGCUAGUAUCUUGUGUUGCUCCACCUAUGGGAGGGGUAAUGGCCAGAGAAGUAGAGAUGAAGACAAAGAGUGUGUUAUGACCCACAUUCCAAUUUCUUUCACAACUUUCCCCUUUGCUUAUUGGUAUUAUUUCUGAAUUUAUUUUCAGCAUUCCAAGUUGAAAUAAAUAUUCGAAGUAUAUAUUUGGAAACAUGC